AGAUAGGACUAUGCACAUUUACCUAUCGUACCUUUCCUUUGUGAUUUCAGGCUCUUCCACAGAUACGGAGACCGUUCCACAGGAGGGGCAGUAUAUAGAGGAACACAGGGGUCUGUACAAGGACGUGAUGAUGGAGAAUCACCGGCCCCUCACAUCACUGGAUGGGCCCAGUAACAGAGAUACCCCAGAGAGAUGUCCCCGUCCUCUGUAUUCCCAGGAUUGUACAGAGGAGAAUCACAGGACCCCACAGGAGGAUCAGAUAGAACGUCUGUCUGAUAUUAAGGCAGAAGAUAUAGAGGAAGAAGAAGAGACGUAUGUGAAUGAUAUAAAGGCAGAAGAUACAGAGGGAGAAGAAGAGACGUAUGUGACUGAUAUAAAGGCAGAAGAUAUAGAGGGAGAAGAAGAGACGUAUGUGACUGAUAUGAAGGCAGAAGAUAUAGAGGAAGAAGCAGAGACGUAUGUGAGGGGUGAUCAGCAGUGUAAGGAGGAGGAGAUCCCUACAGAUAUCAGCACAGCAGAUGGACACACAAGCAGGAACAUCUCAGAAGGACAUCUAAUGUUAUCCUCGGAUUGUGACAUAAAAGAUAAUGACAGUAGACAGGAUUCUCCAGGAGCUAAUCCCAUUACCCCAAUUAUACAUCCAGCUCUAUCAGCUGAUCCCCCUGAUCCUGGGAAAUGUUCUCCUGAUGACUCUGAUAUUGGUGCAUCUGUUACAGCUCUGACAGUAGAUACAGUGUUUCCCUGUUCUAUAGAUGCCAAAUGUUUUACAAAGAACACAAAGCCUAUUAACCCACACACAGGUAAGGCAGGUGGAAGGCCACUGAUAUGUUCAGAGUGUGGGAAAUGUUUUACAAAGAAAUCACAACUUGUUAUACAUCAGAGAAGUCACACAGGUGAGAAGCCAUUUCCAUGUUCUGAGUGUGCGAAAUGUUUUACAAAGAAAUCACAUCUAGUUAUACAUCAGAGAAGUCACACAGGUGAGAAGCCAUUUCCAUGUUCUGAGUGUGGGAAAUGUUUUGCACUUAAAUCACUUCUUGUUAGACAUCAGAGUAGUCACACAGGUGAGAGGCCAUUUUCUUGCUCUGAGUGCGGGAAAAGUUUUACCUGGAAAUCCAAUCUUGUUAGACAUCAGAGAAGUCACACAGGUGAGAAGCCAUUUCCAUGUUCUGAGUGUGGGAAAUGUUUUGCAUGUAAAUCAGAUCUUGUUAUACAUCACAGAAGUCACACAGGUGAGAGGCCAUUUCCAUGUUCUGAGUGUGGGAAAUGUUUUGCAUGUAAAUCAGAUCUUGUUAUACAUCACAGAAGUCACACAGGUGAGAAGCCAUUUUCUUGCUCUGAGUGUGGGAAAUGUUUUGCAUGUAAAUCAGAUCUUGUCAUACAUCACAGAAGUCACACAGGUGAGAAGCCAUUUUCUUGCUCUGAGUGCGGGAAAUGUUUUACACACAAAUCACGACUUGUUACCCAUCAGCAAAGUCACACAGGUGAGAAGGCAUUUCCAUGUUCUGAGUGUGGGAAAGGUUUUGCAGACAAAUCACAUCUUGUUAGACAUCAGAGAACUCACACAGGUGAGAAGCCAUUUUCUUGCUCUGAGUGCGGGAAAUGUUUUACACAGAAAUCAGUUCUUGUUAUACAUCACAGAAGUCACACAGGUGAGAAGGCAUUUCCAUGUUCUGAGUGUGAGAAAUGUUUUACACAGAAAUCAGAACUUAUUACACAUCAGCGAACUCACACAGGUGAGAAGCCAUUUCCAUGUUCUGAGUGUGGGAAAUGUUUUGCACACAAAUCAGCUCUUGUUAGACAUUACAGAAGUCACACAGGUGAGAAGCGAUUUCUAUACUCUGAGAAAUAAAUCAUCUCUUGUUACACACAAUAGACAUCACUCAGAUGAGGAACCAUUUUAAUCUUCUGGAGUAUACUUAUCAUUGCCAUGCAUUGUUCUUCAAGGUUCUUAUCCUAUCUCCUAUGCUUUUUGCAAUAUACAUGUUACCACCGGGUGAAAUAAUCAGAUGUCAUGCCCUCAUCUACCACUGCUAUACAGAUGACCUGUCUUUGCUCUAGGUACUGAGAACCCAGUACCAAUCCUAAAGGGUUGUCUAGCUGAGCUCCAGGUGUGGGUGAUGCCAGUUGGCUGUGAUUCAGUCCUGAUGAAGCAGGUCUUUAAGCUCACCACCAAAGGGCAGGGCUACAGUUCAGCUUUGCAAACCAACCAGACUUACGCUUGGGGGUUCAGAGUUACAAAAUGCUGAUCAUGUGUGGAAUCUUGGUGUCCUGGAUAGUGGAGUGACACUUAGACAUCAGUAUCUGCCACAAUCAGAUCCUCAUCUGAGGAACAUAGUCAGACUCCAACACUUUAUUCCCUCAGAAGAUCUACCUACAGUCAUACAUGUACUUGUAUCAUCACGCAUAGACUACUCCAAUUUCUUCUACCUGGGUCUCCUAGCAAAAGAAUUGCACCGCUUGUAGCUUGUACAGAAUGCAGCAGCCAGGCUUUUACCUAACCAGCCCGUUCCUGCCACAUAACACCCAUUCUCUGCUCCCUUCACCGGCUGCCUGUAAGAUGGUGACUCUAUUACAUAAUGGGCUAUCCCAACCCUACAUGACCAGGGUCCAUGGUACCAGAAGCAGCUUCUGCCUCGUUACUGCCCUGCUUGCUGCCAUCUGCAGAUGAAGAACUGUUACCAGCAGUACCAAGAAUCCCCAAGAAGUUCUUAGAUGUCAGAGGUGGAGACAGGGUGGUGGCACUAGUGCUGCAGCGGGGGCUGCCGGAGGCACUGUCUGUGGGUAAUAUUGUCCUCAAGCAGCACUAAGGUGUCAGAGGGGAGACAGGGCAGUGGCAGUAG